UUCUAAUUUGAAUGUGCCCAAAGGUAACAACACAGUAGAUGCCGGACAUGCCAGGCUCGAGUCGAGUGUGAGAGGCGCCCGCUGCCAGAGCGGGCUCGAGAGCUGCAGCAAUGAGCAACGAGAACAACGACGACAACACCAACACUAUAAGCAAUGACAACAACAACAGCAACAAUAACAGUGACAACAUCUACAGUAGCAACAAUGGCAGCAGCAGCAGCAGCAGCAACGUUUGGUCAGCCAGCAAUCUGGAUGCGAUCAAUCAAAGCGUCGAGCUGAAUUGCCUGCUGCAGCAGCACAUCGAGACAUCGACCUAUGGCAAUGCCAGCGACCAUUGCCUCACUCAAUUCGAUUCGAUACUCUGCUGGCCGCGCACGGCCCGAGGCACACUGGCCGUGCUCCAGUGCAUGGACGAAUUGCAGGGCAUACACUACGACAGCAGCAAGAAUGCAACACGCUUUUGCCACUUGAAUGGCAGCUGGGCGCAGUACACAAACUACGAUGCAUGCGCCCAUUUGCCAGCGGAGACGGAGACGGUGCCGGAGUUCGAGACGAUAGUGGAGCUGCCGACCAUCAUUUAUUAUAUUGGCUAUGCAUUAAGCCUGGUCUCGCUCACCCUGGCGCUGAUUGUUUUCGCCUACUACAAGGAGCUGCGUUGCCUACGCAACACCAUCCAUGCCAAUUUGUUCUUCACGUACAUCAUGUCGGCUUUGUUCUGGAUACUGCUGCUGUCCGUGCAGAUCUCGGUGCGCAGCGGCCUCAGCAGCUGCAUCGCCCUGGUCACGCUUUUUCAUUUCUUUACGCUGACCAAUUUCUUUUGGAUGCUGGUCGAGGGACUCUACCUCUAUAUGCUGGUGGUCAAGACCUUUUCCGGCGAUAAUAUACGCUUCAAUAUCUACGCGUCCAUUGGCUGGGGCGGUCCGGCGCUGUUUGUGGUCACCUGGGCCGUGGCGAAGGGCCUGACAGUGAACUACAACAGCAACGCGGAGAAGUACGACAUCAACUGCCCCUGGAUGGAGGAGACGAACGUGGACUGGAUAUUCCAGGGACCCGUCUGCACGGUGCUCAUCAUCAAUUUAACAUUUCUGCUUCGCAUCAUGUUUGUACUCAUUACAAAGCUCCGUUCGGCGAAUACCGUUGAGACGCGCCAGUAUCGCAAGGCGGCCAAGGCUCUGCUCGUGCUUAUACCGCUCUUUGGCAUCACCUAUCUGGUGGUGCUGGCAGGACCCUCCGAAUCGGGCCUAAUGGGUCACAUGUUUGCCGUGCUGCGCGCCGUUCUGCUCAGCACCCAGGGCUUUUGGGUGUCGCUCUUCUACUGCUUCCUCAACUCGGAGGUGCGCAAUGCGCUGCGACAUCAUGUAUCCACCUGGCGGGAUUCGCGCAACAUCCAGCGCAACCAGAACAGAAGGUAUACAACAAAAAGUUUCUCCAAGAGCGGAGGCGGUGGCUCGCCUCGCGCUGAGAGCAUGCGUUGUCUAUUUGUAAUCAGCCCAUUGACCUCGUACUAUGGCCGUGGCAAGCGGGAAUCGUGCGUAUCGUCGGCGACAACCACCACGCUGGUGGGUCAGCAUGCACCGCUGACUCUGCACCGCGGCUCGAACAACGCAUUGCAUAUGCUGCCCACGAAUAAUGCAGCGAGUGGCAGCACGCUCAGCGUCAUGCCGCGCGCCGUCAGUCCCCUAAUGAAGCAGGGACUCGAGGAGAACUCUGUGUAGAGGGACGAAUGGCGCAGACAGAGACGAAUACUCACACACACACACACACACACACACACACAUACUCGCAUACAGCUUAAAUGAUGUCUCCUAGGAUAUUGAUGUUGUUGUUGGCAUUGAUGAAACUGUAAAUUAUACAACUAAGUAGUCAAGAUUUUAGCAAAUGGCAAGCAAGUUGCAAGCAUCUUAAGAGACUGAACUGAAAUUAUUCAUUUUCGACUUUUCGUUAACUUUAAUCCACGAUUCACACACUCAACACUCGAUGAGUCAACUGGCUUUUCCUUCCUUUCCACUUAUGCAUAGCUAAAUGUAGUUUUAAAUCUAACUGUUGGAUGUUGUAAGUGUUUUCCUCCCGCCCCAACGGUAACUAUGCGAACGCUACCUUAAACUAAUCUAUAUGAAUGUAUGUAUAUUUAUGUAUAAGUCAAGAGCUAAAUGUUAAAGAAACCAAACGAAAACGAAGAAAAUGAAACAAAUAAAACUAAACUAUUUAUUUGAGUGUAUACGAGGCGCAGCAUCAACCACACAUUUUAUCCACCUGGCUAAGUAAAUGUUAAAUAGUAACUGUCAUUGCAAUGCACAGCAUAAAUAAAU